CAAAAGUAUUUCUAAAACCAAAACAGGGUUUAUGCUGCAACAACAACACAAAGAGAGGUUUAUACAAAGACCCUAUACAAAAGAUGAAGUUAUUUGAGGUGAAACAAGCAUGGAGCAACCGCGUCAGAAUCGGAGCACUCGAAUUCGGAAACUGCUCCAUAGAAACCCCCGCUCUUCUCCUAUCAACUCGCAAAGGCCUCCCUCAUUUCACCCCUCCCGACCUUCUUCCUUCUCUUCCUUCUCCCGAUUCUCAUCUCCUUCAAGUUUCGCCGCUCCAUUUUUUGGAAGGACUUUCUCCGGCGACUAUAGCGAAAAUCGGAGGGAUUCAUAAGUUGAUUGGUUUGAAUGAUUAUGGAAUUGCUGCUGUUGCUAGGGAUUCUGUUCAUUCGCUUCCGGAAUCUAAAGGAGCUAACAAAUUUGGUGCUACUUUUGAGACUCCGUGUGGUAGGCUGUUGGUUAAACCUAAAGAUUAUCUUGUAAUGAUUUCUUGCAUGAGGCCAAAUAUAUGGGCUACUUUGGCUGAUGAAGUACCUGCUUGGGUGUCUGAUAAAAGGAACAAAACCUCGGUGGAUAGAACUUUGAGAUGGCUUGAUGAUUGCUUGGAAUUGGAUCCGGCUGUUGGAUCAGUCUUUGGUGCCAUAGUGGGAGGCCCAAGUUUGGAUGAAAGGAAACGAUGUACAGAGGAGGUAGCCAAGCGAAAUGUAGCAGGUUAUUGGAUUGGUGGAUUUGGUCUUGGAGAGGCCAUUGACGAGCGACCUGCUCUUCUACGUGCUAUUGUCGAUGUCUUGCCAGAUGAAAAGCCGCGCAUGAUCUGUGGUCUUGGACUCCCAGAGGAGAUCUUGCAGGGAAUUGCUGCUGGAAUUGAUCUUUUUGACUCCUCAUACAUCUAUACCCUCACACUUGGAGGAUUUGCGCUAACCUUUUCACUGGACAAGAAUGGGAAUCAAGAUAAUUUUCAGCCAAGUCAGAUGGGAAGUGACUCGAGUAAAAUUAAUUUGCGAGCGACAGUUUAUAGGAAAGACAUGUCCCCGAUUGUAGGAGACUGCACCUGUCAUACAUGCCAGAAUUAUACAAAAGCAUACAUCAAUCAUCUAUUAAAUACUCAUGAAAUGCUGGCACAAACUCUGCUAGAAAUGCACAAUACACACCACUAUCUUAGGUUCUUUCGUGUGAUAAGAGAAGCAAUCCAAGAGGGGAGGUUUGAGGAAUAUCGACAGACAUUCGUCGAAAGCAGGCGCGAGCAUUAUGAAAGGGUUGUGGACUCUGAAGAUGCAGGGUGGUUUGACAGAAUAUGGCAGUUAGUUCUAAAGUGCUGUAGGUUUGACUGACAUUAUUCUGGUGGGAACCUACUAUCUUUGAGUUCAUAGAAAUUUCAGAGUAAAAAUAGGGCAUAGAAAUUCUGACGUCUAUUACAUAGUCUACGUUAGGUUCAGACUAGAUUUUUUUUAUUUAUUUAAAAAUUAUAAGGUCAAAGUUUUGUAAGGGAGUUGCUAUUUUCACACUCCCCGUUUUUUCUUAAUACUCUCUUUGCCUACAUGUAUUUAUUUUUUCUUAUUCCUUUUUUGUUCAGUAUAUGUCUGGAUUGUUUCACUUUCAUUAUUGUCUCAAAAUUAAUUUCUGGAUCAAAAAAUGUGUUUCAAAUACUAGGAAAAUUAUUUUAUUUUUUGUUUUUAUCACCAGUAUCCGGUUCACUGGACCGCCUAAUCCAAUUCUAAGGUUAAUUCUGACAUCUUACUUACCAUGUCCAGCGCUAAUUACCACUGAACGUCUGGAUCAAAAGUUUGUUUUUGUAGGGUAAAAAAUUGCAAAUAAAUGUUAUAUAUAAACACGGGAGAGAAAAAUCACCAUCAUAACCUCUUGAAACUAUAGCAUCAAUAUAAACACCAGCUUCUCUAAGAAUGUUUAACAUAAACCAGCAAUAAGCAAUGAAUGAGCUUUAAAGAUAGCUUGACUCAAGGCUUAAUCUCGAGCCAACCUCUUAAAACCAUAGCAUCAACAUAAACAUCAGCUUC